GAAAGUUUUGCAGAGACAAACCAGAAAGGGUGGACAGACAGAGAGAGAGACAGUUUGUGUUUUAGAGAGGUGUAUUGGAGCUAAUAAGCCGAAUUAUUUGAUUGGAGAUGGGGAAGCCUACUGGGAAGAAGAAAAAUCAGGUUGGGUCAAAACCAGGUGAUGUAGAUGUCAAGCAUGGCAAAGUUUCUGAUCGUACUUCGAAAGCAUUUGAUGAAGACACUGCUGUCUUCAUCAACAUGUCCCAAGAACUGAAGGAAGAAGGGAAUAAAUUAUUUCAAAAGCGCGAUCAUGAGGGUGCAAUGUUAAAGUAUGAAAAAGCCCUCAAAUUGCUUCCUAGAAAUCAUAUUGAUGUUGCAUAUUUGCGUAGUAACAUGGCUGCUUGCUAUAUGCAAAUGGGUCUUGGUGAGUACCCAAGAGCUAUAAAUGAAUGCAAUUUGGCACUUGAAGUUGCCCCGAAGUAUAGCAAAGCGUUAUUGAAGAGGGCAAAAUGUUAUGAGGCUCUAAAUAGGUUUGAUUUGGCUUUGAGAGAUGUUAAUAAUGUGUUGAGUAUGGAACCGAAUAAUUUGACUGCAUUGGAGAUUGCUGAUAAGGUCAAAAAGGCACUUGAGCAAAAGGCGGUCAAUGUUGAAGACAAAGAAAUUCUUCUGUCCCCUGAAUAUGUUGAGCCAAGUCCACCACCUUCAAACAAGGCUAUGAAAGACAAAGCAAAGAAGAAAAAGAGCAAUAAAUUGGAGAGGAAGAAGGUUGAGGAAGAAGAGGAAAAGAAGGUUGAGGAAGAAGAGGAAAGGAAGGCUGAUGAUAAGGUGGUUGUGGAGGAGAAGAGGAGUGUAACAGAAGAAAAAGUAGUCACAAAGACAGUGAAACUGGUGUUUGGAGAGGAUAUAAGAUGGGCACAAUUACCUGUCAAUUGUGGCAUUCGACUAGUGAGGGACAUAGUUAGGGAUCGAUUUCCAAGCUCGAAAGGAGUGCUUAUCAAGUAUAGGGAUCAAGAAGGUGACUUGGUUACAAUCACAACAACGGAUGAGUUGAGGUUGGCUGAAGCAUCAGGUGAUCCUCGGGGUUCUUUGAGAUUGUAUGUUGCGGAAGUUAGUCCGAAUGACGAACCACAUUAUGAUGGUAUGAGCAAUGAGGUGGAGGUGCUCAAAGUCACCAGUAAACCAACUAAUGUGACUGAGAAUGGGUAUAUGGAGAUAGGUGGAGAAGUGGAGAAGGGGCCUUCUAGUGUAGAGGAAUGGGUAAUCCAGUUUGCACAGAUGUUUAGGAACCAUGUUGGUAUCGAUUGUGAUUCCUACUUGGAUCUUCAUGAGAUAGGGAUGAAGCUAUACUCGGAAGCAAUGGAGGACACUGUUACAAGUGAAGAUGCUCAAGAACUUUUUGAAAUUGCUGCAGCUAAGUUCCAAGAGAUGGCUGCUUUAGCCUUGCUAAACUGGGGAAAUGUUCACUUGUCCAGGGCAAGGAAGCGGGUGUUCUUUACCGAAGAUGGUUCACGGGAAUCAGUACUCGCUCAAGUAAAAACUGCUUAUGAAUGGGCCCAAAAAGAAUAUGCCACGGCAGGUAUACAAUAUGAAGAAGCUCUAAAGAUCAAACCAGACUUCUAUGAAGGCCUUCUCGCACUUGGGCAUCAGCAGUUUGAACAAGCAAAACUCUCUUGGUAUUAUGCAGUAGGAAGCAACAUUGAUUUAGAGACAGGACCUUCUGCACAGGUACUGGAGCUAUAUAAUAAGUCUGAGGAUAGCAUGGAGAGAAGCAUGCAGAUGUGGGAAGAGAUGGAGGAGCAGCGUCUUAAUGGACUCUCCAAAUCAGAUAAAUAUAAAGCGGACCUGACAAAAAUGGGGUUGGACGGUCUACUUAAAGAUAUAUCUCCUGAUGAAGCUGCAGAGCAGGCUGUGAACACAAGGUCUCUGAUAUACCUUCUAUGGGGUACCUUGCUUUAUGAACGUUCUGUUGUGGAAUUUAAGUUGGGUUUACCGACUUGGGAAGAAUGUUUGGAGGUUGCAGUUGAAAAGUUUGAACUUGCUGGAGCAUCUCCAACAGAUGUAGCUGUUAUGAUAAAGAACCACUACUCCAAUGAAACUGCACUGGAAGGGUUCAAAAUUGAUGAGAUAGUGCAGGCAUGGAAUGAGAUGUAUGAUGCUAAAAGGUGGCAGAAUGGUGUUCCAUCUUUUCGGUUAGAACCAUUGUUUCGUCGGCGGGCUCCAAAACUUCAUUCCAUCUUGGAGCAUGUUUGAGUAUUUUGUUUAUGAUUGGUGAUUUGUUAGAAACAGUGGUAGGA